AUUAGUGGAGGCGCGAGAAUUCAACUAACUUUAUUGAAAACGAACAGUGUCCUACGCUAUUGGCUGUGUGGCUCGUUCCCAGAAUGCAGAGCGCGGCUUUUCUCAGUAUCCGCUCGUAUUGGUGUCACACGUGGGGAAGAUGAGGCCGCUCACCGAGGAGGAGACCAAGACCAUGUUCGAGAAGCUCUCCAAAUACAUUGGAGAAAAUAUAAAGCUUCUCGUGGACCGACCUGAUGGGACCUACUGCUUCCGGCUACACAAUGACCGCGUGUAUUAUGUAAGUGAGAAAAUCUUGAAACUGGCAACAAAUAUCGCCCGCGACAAACUGGUCUCUCUUGGAACCUGUUUUGGAAAAUUUACCAAGACUCAGAAGUUUCGUCUUCACGUUACAGCUCUAGAUUAUCUGGCGCCAUAUGCAAAGUACAAAGUGUGGGUAAAGCCAGGAGCUGAGCAGUCAUUCUUGUAUGGCAACCAUGUUCUUAAAUCUGGACUGGGGAGAAUAACCGAGAACACAGCACAGUACCAGGGAGUGAUAGUCUACUCCAUGGCUGACGUUCCCUUGGGCUUUGGUGUAGCUGCAAAAUCCACACAAGAAUGUAGGAAACUGGACCCAAUGCAGAUAGUAGUUUUCCACCAAGCUGACGUUGGAGAAUACAUCAGACAUGAGGACACACUGACCUAAAUUCCAGAGCUGUGCAAAGACUUUACAAACCCUUUUAAUCUACUGCCAUAUUGACCAGACCAAGGAGACCUACCUGAAGACAUAAAAUGCAAGAGACCAGGAAUCUUGUAUUAUAGACUGUCACUUCAUGACCAUCAUAUUAAACUGAAUAAUGGGAUAACUGUAUUGCCAUGAAGUGUCCACAACACCUAGAAGAUUUUCCAUGGUCUUUAUUUAUAAGAACUUAAGAAUGUGGUGUGUGUUUUCCAUACAAUCCUUUAAAAAUGUUUAUCCAUCAUUCUACAGUUUAUCUAAAUAAUGUUGUAAAUAACAUUGUAUUGAUCAUCCUCUAUG